UCAGACAUUUAAAAACGCACUCGUUCUUUUUGGUGACAACAUACUGAGCGCAGUCAGUUAACGCCGGGAGACAUUUUAUUUCAAAACGUCAUCUGGUAAGUUAAACCUGCUGCGGUUUAGCUAUGUGGGGCGAGAUCGAUCCUCCCGUUAAAGUCCAGCUCAGACUGUGUAAGGGUGAAAGGAGGAAGGUAUUACCAGAGGAACCUGCGACUCCUUUACAGAGAUGCGACCCCUACAGACCCAAACACAGAACAGAUAGCCGGCGGGACCCUCAGCAAGACCCCUCAACAGAGCCCAGCUGUGUGGGAGCCAUGAUAGAGUCUAUAGCCAUGAGUGGGAGCCCCGUGAAGAGCCAGCAGAUCGGAGAGGCUGAACUGACCUACGGGGAGCGGAGGGAGGAGCUGCUGGAUCAGUACCGCAGCAGAUCGCUGGUCUUCCUGGAGAGGUACCAUGCCCAUCUGAAACCUGAGCACCUCCCUGCAUUCGCCCACGUCAGCUCAGACCCAAGGGCCCAGCACUACAGCCAGUUGGUGGAGACACGGGCUGCAGGAUGCACCAACAGGACCAGAGUCAGAAACCAGCGUUACGCUGCCCUCAGAGCGCUACAGAAGGAGGGUGAGUAUUUUAGUGAGGAACAGAUGCGGAUGAGGGAGCCACUGCUGUAUGAACAAUAUAUUGGCCAGUUCCUGACUGAUGAAGAGGUAUUGGAGCGCUCCCAGGAGGCCAUGCUGGAUGGUGCGCAGGAGGGACAAGCGGGAGGAGGAGGCUCAUGUGGGCUUGCCAAUCUCCUCCUGAACUCCUACCAGGAGCGGCUCAUCCAGAACCGUCUGCAGGAGGAGCAGGACAGAGAAGAUGGUGCCCAAGAGGAGGAUGAUGAUGAUGAAGAUGAUGGAGUCCAGCAGAGGGGGUGGGAGCCUACUGCAGAGGAGAAGGCUCUGCUGAGGGAGGAGUUCAUCAGUCAGAUGCAUCAGCGUUUCCUAGAUGGCAAAGACAAGGAUUUCAACUACAGUGAAGUGGAUGAUAACCCUGACUAUGACAACCUGGAUAUCGUCAGCAGAGAUGCUGAGGAUAAAUACUUCGAUGAGGAUGAUGAUGAAGAUGAAGAGGAGAUAGAAAAAGAUGACGACGAAGAGAACAUGGCUCAAUAGAGAAUAGUUUUUUAGGAACAACUCCCCACUGCUCUGAUAAUCUGUAAAUAAGAAUGUACAAACAUAACUGCUCAGUGUAGUUCUUGGAUCUUUGCAUAUGACUGUAACAACAACCUGCAAUAAAACAUUGCUGUUUUGCCA